AAAAAGAAAACAAAUCUUGUGCUGGCAAUUUGUUGAACCGGCAAUCUGUGCAAUGGGUUUUUUUUUGCUUCUGGUCAGGAUGAAAUGCAUCUGAAGCUGGAGUGCGUAUCAGUAACAGAUUAUCUUUCUCUGUUGUCCACUUUGUUAUCAAUGGGUUAGCCACGUGUGCAGACUGCUGAUAUGUACAUAUGUAGUUUUCAGCAAUAGCCAUGAAAUGUGUUCUUUUUAACAAGUAGAAACUUAAAAAUACGUUCUUUGCUAACGGUUACUUGUGUUAUAUCAAGUGUUUAACUUUUUUUCCUCAAAUGUAUGUUAACGUCUAACAGGCUAAUGAAUCUGCAAAAUUCUAAAAUUAAUUUACGGAAUAAUUUUAUAAAAAUACGAAAAUCCUACGUAGGAAACAUGCAAAGGGUCAGAAGGGAUGAUGAUAUCUAACCGUUACCAUAUCUUUUUUCGGAUGCUUUAUUGCAGUCAAGUGUUUCUGACCGAGUGUCGAGUUUGUCUCCAUCGUAACGGUUUCAGUCGGUCGUGUUUUAUGCAUGAAAAAUUUUAAAGAAAGAAAUAAUAUACGUAAGUCAGCAUGAACCUGAGGAAAAAAUUGCUCACUGCCAAAUAUGUCUUAAAAUUCAGCUACGGUGCAAACCAGCAUUGACUAAAACGCUAUCAUGCAUAUCGUGCAAGAUGCUUCAAGUGUUUUAGGAUGUUUUGUGUUGCAAUAUAAUUAUGCAUUUUUAUUGUUCUGUUGGAGAAGGACAUCAUUUCUAAAAACUCAUUUUUGUACAAUUUGCUGUAGUGUUUCCUUGUUUUUUAUGUUAACAAAAAUUUCAUUCCAUUCGUGAAAUGAAUAUGUAACAACUUGAAAUUGAGGAAUAUUCCGGUUUAUGGUGUUUCAUUUCUUCAUCAUGCAGAUCAAUCUACGAAACGUAUGUUUGCCCUAUUUAAUCCACUAUGCAAAAAGAGCAUCAAAUACUUCACUUUUCAGUUUGAAACACAUCACAUACGAAACAAAUCAGCAUCCGAUGGCAUGUGUCGAAAACUUUCAAACCUGUUGGGAUUUGGAAAGGGAAUAGUGGUUACUGUGAGCACUAUCGAUGGAUUGUUGGCUGGAUGCUUGCUUGAAGGAACGUAAAGAGCACUCCCCAGAGAGUGAUAUUUGAUGAUGUAAACGAGAACUGUUUCUUGACGUAUUUUUUUUCUGGUUUUCUUAAUAUGAGUGGAAUUGUGAAAAGGCACGUAGUGUAACGGAGGAUUGAUUUGAUGUGGCGUUGCACAUUCAGCAUAAGUUAGAUAGGAUGAAAGGUUGCCGUUUGCUUGAAUGACUUCUUCCAAGGGUCACCGGAUCACCGAUUGGUUCCAAGUGUAACUCACCCUUGACAUCCCACUUGACUUAAAAUUCCUGAUAACAUUUUUUUACAUCUGUUUGUAUUACACCGUUACAUUUAUUAAAUGUUUACAAAACUUAAAAUAUAGUACUUAAAACAAUAAUGUGAGACACGUGCACGCGCUUCCGAACGUUCCCGCUAGAGGGAUUCGGUGCGUUCUGUACACGAAAAUUUUAAGUAGUUAAACAUUUAUGAAUUUUCGUUAUUUGCACAUCAGUCACGUGUAACAACGAGUGCAUAUUUUCUUCUCAAUUAAACACUGGUGUUCGUUGUCGUGAAGUAUGAUUGCCCCUGAAUAUCUGAUUACUUAAUGAUUUGUGUUCGCGUGACGGUAUGAAAAUGUGCCCUUCCGGUAGAAAACUUUCUACCCCUUGGCUUUCCAUACUUCGAUGGUUUAUUUUACUUUCUUGCACGGCAUUUAUUUCUUGCAUAUGCUAAAAACUGCUGGCUUGGAAACAAAGUAACAUACCCGCAGAAACACUCGGAUUUACUUAAUAAACCAAAUUGAUACUAAAAAGGUAAAUUAACAAUGAUUUGUGUCAGUUUUUUGCUGUGGGGGAACAUUGUGCUUAUUUGUAAUUUUUGUUAUAGAUUGUUCAGAAAAACGUUGUCCUAAAAGUCAUCUUAACUGUUUAAAUUUAAUAUUUGGGUGUGUAGAGCAACUCACCUAGGAAAAUAUCGAUUAACCUUGAAUAUUUAACCAUCUUUAAGAGACGAAAUCUUAACAACAAACGGAUAGUUUGGAUGUAAUACACCUAGUUAGAUUUAAAUAGCAUACAUUAUAUGCCGCUGUCUGCAUGCGAACCGUUGCAGUACCGUUGUAUGCCCUUCCCAAAACAAAACUGGGGGUGUAAGUAAGCCUUCAACGAUCAUUACCUUUGCCCUCGAUUCCAUGACACUACCGUAGCUAAUCGGAUUGCAACCUCACAUCAUACGGCUUAGUGAUGGUAUUACUUAUUGACUUAUUGUGUUCGAUUCUAUAGGCGCUGUGUACUACUACAAUACGUUGCUAUGUACAGGUCUUAAGAAAAUACUGCUUUGCUUUGCUUUGUGGUCGGUUUUCAUUGCGACAGCAAUUGUUGUGAAAGCUGUACUACAAGCGGGGCAUAUGUUGAGUGUUUAGUUUCCUGACUUGCCCCAGGGACAAACGUAUGUGCUAACUUACCCUUACCCUGUGAUGGGGACAAAAACCAAUAUGUAUGUUGUGACGAAGACGUUCGACGUCCUUGACAUUUCGACAUUCCUGGGUAGAUACAAGAUUAAAGUGUGAACACAAUAAACACCGUGUAACACCGUUUAAAAAACAUUGCUUACGUUUUUAUAUCUUUGCUAGAUUCUUGACGAGUUUCUUUAUAUUAUAAUAAUAUUGUUCGCUAUCAAUCUUGUUCGUUGUUGCGUUAUAAUUACUGCCCAAAUGAAAGCAGUUGGCUCUAACGGGAAGCGGUCGCGAGUGAUCUCAAGCUUUUAUGGAAGAUAAUUACGAAUGUGGAUUGUAAGGAUCCAUAAGGAUUACGUUAAAAGGGUUAAUCGUUGAUAUUAUAUCCAGUGGCGGAUCAGUGACUUGAUGCAGGGGUUUUCGUUAUAAUUAUAGUUUCUGUUCAAAUAGAACUGGACUCUGACAGCUAAAAAUGAACCAUAUUCUAUUUGCCCUCUCUCGGUUGAUACAUAGGUGUCGCUUCAAAUGUUAACCCGAGAUAAAAUAGGAAAAGCUUGCAAAACUGUGUAAAUAACAUGACUAACAGCCGCAUGAACGUUAUGAAAUCAUUUGUCUUUAACAUGUUCGUAUUGAUCGUAAUAAAAAUUCUUGUUUAGUUCUAUAUGAAAACCCCAACGCGGAACAUUAUUCUUUGUUGGAAUUCAAUUAAACAGUUGCGGAAUGGUGAGUAAAUCUGAAGUUUGAUGGCCAAACCAUCUGCAAUUACAAUGAAAUUGCGGAGUGUCUUUAAUCAUCGUUGGCUUAUGGGUCAGAGCAUCGUAUAAUCGUUGAAUUAUUUCUUGUCAGGUAGCCAUUCAUAACAGCAGCGAAAUUAGUAACUUUGGUAGUAUAGUAAAAGAACUACAUAUAUCUAAGACAGUUGAUCAAGCAAUGAUUCUUUAAUGAUAUCAAUUUCUAUUUCACUGUAAUUUUCGGCCAAUCGAAAGCAAUUAGUAAUUUUUAAUACAUUUGUAUGAUAAUACCUAUAUUCGCUGCAAUCAAUCGGUGGAUUGACGAAAUCAGUGAAUUAGCAGUGAGCAUAUUUUCAUCGCCUAGGUGUGAUAACCUUCUGAAAAAUUUGACUUGGUGGCGACAUCUGAGGUGCCAAUAGCUGCAAUCGUCUUUUUCAACAAUUUUUUUAGUACUCUUAGCAUAUGCCUUAUCAUUUUAUGAGCGUUAAAACAACUCAAAACUGUGUUAUCAUCUCCCGUAAGAUGAUCGUACAUGAGCAAAUUCUGAAGUUUGACCGAUUGAAACAACAAAAGAUUUAGUUUCCGUUGUACUAUACAUUCGGCAAGAUGUAUCACUCUUCGUAUUUUAAGGUUCUGUUCCAAGCGGUCGUUUUCAUAGUAAUUGUUCUUAGUUCUAGAUUUAACGUUUCGGGACAAGAAUGUGGACAGCGCAAAGUGAAACUUUUAAAACUCAUACUAGGAGGGAGAAUAGCACCUAUUGGCAAGUGGCCAUGGCAUGCGACCAUCGCGCAUCGGACGAGUAAUGAGUUUAAAGUUGUCUGCGGAGGAUCGAUCAUUGAUACGAAUACCAUUCUCACGGGUACGUGCCUUAUGUGCAUUUUGUUCUGUUCGAUCAUUUAAUCGUUCGAUGUCUUACGAUUUCAGCGGCACACUGUCUGUACACAGAGCACAACGGUGUGAUCACAACGAAUCGAGUAAUUGUACAUGUUGGACGAUCAAAGUUAUUCACUAUUGAUUCCCACACCAGAGCCUACUCUCCGGAUAAGUUCUUGAUACAUCCUGGUCAUAGGGAGAGCAGUUUAGAGGACGAUAUUGCUCUGAUCAGACUGGGGACUGAGAUAGAGAUGAGUGAUUACGUUCAGCCGGUGUGUGUUUGUGCAGCUGAAGAUGAUGUGCAAAUAGUGGGUCGCUAUGGAACAGUGAUUGGGUUCGGUUUGAACAUCAACGGUACCAUGUCGGAUCAUCUACUGGAGGCCGAAGUGCCCGUCGUGGACCGAUGGGAAUGUUUGGAAAGCAAUCGAGAUGACUUCGGUAAGCAUCUGACGGGGAAGAUGCUGUGUGCCGGUAAACGCAAUGCAGUAGGUCCUUGCAAUGGAGAUAGUGGAGGUGGAUUCGUUUUUAAUAACGAUGGCGUAUGGUGUGUGCGAGGAAUAGUUUCAUUUACGCCAGCUUUAAAUGAUACAAACAUUUGCGAUCCGCAACAGUAUGCUGUGUAUACGGAUGUGGCAAAAUACAUCGAUUGGUUACGGAAUAAUACGAAUCCAACGCACAAUUCGAAUGCGCGACAAUUGCCAUUCGAAAGGAUAAGAUGUGAAGAUGCUGAAUUAUGUGAAGCGAAGCCAACAGAAUCACCGCAAAUGGCUUGUGGUUUACAGAAGGACGGUGGUUCGUAUCGCACGAAUCACGUAUCUUUGAAAUUUUACUUUGACACCGUUGAAGGAUUGUGUCGGCUAUUCUGGUACGGUGGUUCUGAAGGCAACAAUAAUCGUUUUGAUACGGAGUUAGAAUGUAAAAAUACUUGCGUAAUACCUUCCGGGAGGGACAUUUGUUUACUACCAAAGAGUGAAGGACGUUGCAUCAGAAAUCUGCGUCGCUGGUACUACAACUUGGAGCUGAAGACUUGCCAACAGUUCUUGUAUGGCGGCUGUGAUGGAAACGCCAAUAGGUUUGAGAGUUUCGAGGAUUGCACUACAUUUUGUAGUCAAGACAAUCCGAGUUGACGAUAUAGUUUCGAUGUAUUAAGGUGAGAUGAUUUAUAAAAGUUACAUCAAUAAAAUGGAGAAAAUGUCAAUUACUCACACACUAUAUCAGCUCAGUUGUAGCUACUCCUACACACAUUCAUUGCCUUAGUUAGUUUACUCCGUAACACCCUGAGUAACGGAUUCGACGACAAUGUCGCUUGACUGAGAGCGGUUUAGAAGUCUCCUACAGCAUAUUUCGUCAAGGAUUUCAAUACGUAUUAAAUAGUAAACAAACCGUAUAAAAAUGGAUUAUUAUGCUUCAAAAGUUGAAAGACACCGUUUGCUAGGGACAGUAAAAAAAAGUUAAUUUUAUAUAAGGUAUAUGCCACGUUAGUUGUUCAUGUGAAGAGUCGUAUCCGUUGCCUAUCGGGUUACAUGCG